AUGGCAAAUAAGUGCCUCUCGUGUGGUAAAUUUUACGCGCAAGCAGAUGGCGCUAAGUGUUCUAAAUGUAAUACGUCUUAUCAUAAGUUAUGUUUGAGCCCUGAUGUUCGUAUCACGAAUAAAUGGCAAUGUAAACAAUGCAAAAGCAAACUCGUCAAACCGUCAGAUGAUUUAAUUAAUGAUUGCGUUGAUAGCGUACAGGAUAUUCAAUUACACACACCGAGCCUGACCCAGGAAAUAAAACUAUUGCGUUCAGAAUUGUCUAGCUUCCGUAUGGAACUGGCACGCCUCUCGACUAUUGUUAACGAUUUCAACAACAGAAUUAUCGGUAUGGAAGAGAGGAUUUCCAGUUUGGAGCAACAGCCGCCACAAACCGAAAAUACUAAGUUGGUCGAGACUGUUGAAAUGCUGAAAAGGCAAUUAAACGAAACUGAACAGGACGGCCUUUUGAAUGACGUCGAGUUUUCGUGUGUACCUGAAGUAAAUGGAGAGAAUCCACAACAUCUGGUCAUAACUCUGGCGCACAAACUAGGUAUAAAAUUAGAGGAUCAUCAUAUUAUCAGUGCACACCGGGUGGGCCGGCGUCGGACGCAGACCAAUGGAUCGCCCAGUUUAAAUAACAAUGUAGAUAACAACCGGCCGCGCGCCCUCGUCGCUCGACUCGUGCGCCGCCAGUUGCGAGACGAGCUGCUGCGGGCGGCGCGCGUGCGGCGCGGCGCUGACACAGCUGGCACCGGAAUAGGAACAGUACCCGUCAAGUUUUAUGUAAAUGAGCGACUGACCUCUCUUAACCGAAAGCUUUUCUACUUGGCGCGCUCUGAGGGUUCUUCAAGGAAUUGGCGAUAUGUUUGGAUUAAGGGUGGGCGUAUAUACAUGCGUCGCGAUUCAAAUUCCCCUUUCAUCAUAAUUAAAUCCGAGUCUGACCUACAUCAGGUUUUUCCCGUCAAUACUGUUUAG